AUGUCGACAAGUAAACAAGCUGUUGCUUCUUCAUCACGAGAGGAUUCAUAUAAAUCACCGAUUGGAAUAGAAAAGAAGAGGAAAAAAGAUCAAGAAACAACACAAUCGACGGUGGAACCAUCAAGGGAUAGAACAGAGAGAAAAAAGAAGAGAAGGAAAGUGAAGGAUAAAAGGAAAGCUGGAGAAAAAUUCUGUGUAGGCAUACCAGAAGAUUUGGAGGAUGCUAAAAGACUAAUUUCUCUCAAUGAAAUAAUAUUUGAUCAUGUACAAAAUAAUUACUGUAAAGCCCCAAUUGUUGAGGAAACUGUUUCGGAAAUUAGAGAAGAAUAUAUGAAGUUUCUUUCAACACUGAUAGAGAAAUAUUCUCAAGAAGUUAUUCUACCAAAUUUUCAAAAUGAAAUGAAUAGAAUGAAAGAAAAAACAUAUACAACAUUAAUUUCACAACUUGAAAAGGAAUCCAUGUUUUGGAAGAACAUUUCUGUAAAUCUUGAAAAUGAUCAACAUAUGCUUAAUAAUCUUUCUAAACUUCAAACUGAUGAACUCAAUACUGAAAUAGAUAUUAAGCCUGUAGUAGAAGUUGCAUCAGAUUUGACUAAAUCACUAGAUGAAUCGAUACAGAGAGCCACAGUAGGUGUACUCCAAUUUGGAAUGCUAGGUGAACAACUAAAACAGCUAAACAGAGAUUCGAACAACCUUCAAGAAAAAGUUUUCAAUCAAAUCCGAGAACACAAGAAAUCAGUCAACCCAACUAACACUAUUCUUGAACGUGUUUUGCAGGUUACAUCGAACAAAUCUGACAAAAAAGAAACUAAUUUAUUCAAUCCUGAAACAAUUAUUGGAGAAAAGGAUUACUAG